GGCUUAUUUUGAGUGGCCGUAUUAUGUCACGAGACCCAUUUAUUUUAUUAUUUCGGAAUAUAAAAGGCUAAAUAUUCCACCUCGGAAUCAUAAUUUUUACGCUUGUAUCCGACACAGCAUUAUAGAUUACCUGAUUACGAACCAGAACAGAUCGCUGUCUAUUACAUUUUUCGGAAAAUAAAAUGUCGCUUACAGUGAAAGCGUAUUUUCAGAAGAAGCCAGACGAUAGUCUAGAAAUUCGCCGGUUCAUCAUACCGGUGGAUGCUUCUUCAAGCUAUGAAUAUAUUCUCAAGAAAGUUUCUGAAGUUUUCCGGGAUUUGAGCCUGGGGAAUAUUAAUCUUUGUUGGAGAGAUCCUGAACAUGAACUGGUUGCCUUUUCAACUGAUGAAGAAUUACUGGAAGCUCUAAGCUACGUGGAAAAUGGAAUAUUGAAGAUUUUUGUAAAGGAGAAAAAGACUGAAGAAUGUCCUGAGCCAUCUGGAGAACUUCAUCCCCAUGUUGUCUGUGAUGGAUGUAAUGGUGCCGUCUACGGUAUCAGAUACAAGUGCUGUAUCUGUCCCGAUUACGAGAUGUGCUCCACCUGUGAAGAAAAGGGUCUACAUAUCGAACAUGACAUGCUGAAAAUCGCUCCACCAAAGUCCCAACAGAAUAUUCCCUUCGUACCCCAACCACACUUCCGUCGAUGGAUGAGAAGAUUUAUGAAAAACUGGUAUAGCAAACAUCCUGAGGGGUGUCUUUUUGGAAACGAUGGCAAACACCCCGAGGGAUGUCUUUUUGGAACCGAUGGUAAACACCCUAAGGGAUCUCGAGGGACAAAAAAGCCCCCCGAGGGGUGUCUUUUCGGAACCGAUGGCAAACACCCCGAGGGAUGUCUUUUCGGAACCGAUGGCAAACACCUUGAAGGAUGUCUUUUUGGAACCGAUGGCGAACAACCCGAGGGAUGUCAUUUUGGGACCGACGGCAAACACCCCAAAGGAUGUCAUUUUGAAACCGACAGCAAACACCCCAAGGGAUGUCUUUUUGGAACCGAUGGCAAACACCCCGAGGGAUGUCUUUUUGGAACCGACGGCAAACACCCUGAGGGAUGUCAUUUUGGAACCGACGGCAAACACCCCAAGGGAUGUCAUUUUGGGGCCGAUGGCAAACACCCCGAGGGAUGCCUUUUUGGAACCAACGGUAAACACCCCGAGAGUUGUCUUUUUGGGACCGAUGGCAAACACCCUGAGAGAUGUCUUUUUGGAAUCGACGGUAAACACCCUAAGGGAACUCUAGGGAAGAAAAACCACCCCGAGGGAUGUCUUUUUGGAACCGAUGGCAAACACCCCGAAGGAUGUCUUUUUGGAACCGAUGGCAAACACCCUGAGGGAUGCCUUUUUGGAACCAACGGUAAACAGCCCGAGGGAUGUCUUUUUGGAACUGAUGGCAAUCACCCCGAAGGAUGUCUUUUUGGAACCGAUGGCAAACCCCCCGAGGGAUGUCUUUUCGGAACCGAUGGCAAAAACCCCGAGGGAUGUCUUUUCGGAACCGAUGGCAAACACCCUGAAGGAUGUCAUUUUGGAACCGACGGCAAACACCCCAAAGGAUGUCAUUUUGGAACCGACAGCAAACACCCCAAGGGAUGUCUUUUUGGAACCGAUGGCAAACACCCCGAGGGAUGUCUUUUUGAAACCGAUGGCAAACGCCCCAAUCGAUGUCAUUUUGGAACCGACAGCAAACACCCCGAGGGAUGUCUUUUUGGAACCGACGGCAAAUACACCGAGGAGGGAUGUCUUUUUGGAACCGACGGCAGGUACACCGAGGGAUGUGGUUUUGAUACUAUUGAUGGCAAACACCCCGACGGAUGUCAAGGGCAGAGCAAACACCCCGAGGGGUGUUAUUUUGGAACCGAUGACAAACACCCCAAGGGAUGUCAUUCUGGAACCAACAGCAAACACCCCGAGGAAUGUCUUUUUGGAACUAUCGACGACCAACACCCUGCGAGAUGUCAGGGAAAGAAUAACCACAACCACUCGGGGGAAUGUCGUUUUGGAACUAAAGACGGCAAACACUCAGAGGAAUGUCGAUUUGUAACAGAGACAGAAAAAACAGCUGUAGGCCCAGCUAAAGAACCAUGGGAGACAACUCAAGAUGAAGGCAAGGAAGAAGACACACCCGAAGAAGAAGAAUAUUGGGAUCAUUUUGGAAUCGACGUAACCUUUGAAACAGGUCAUCGUGGAAAAGGUAAACGUUUCCCGGGUAGAUGCGGUCGUCACGGAGUUCAUGACCUUCAUGGAUACGGACCACAUGGACACCAUGGACCAAACGGAGCUUUUGGCCAUCAUCUAUUCCCAGGCUGUCAUGGAUUCAAUCGUUUCCCAGGGGCCACAAUUAGACGUGGAAAGGUUUGUAAAGGAAAUGGUAAACCUGGAUGCCAAGUCUUCUCUGGAACUGGACAUCAACCGAAUACUGAAAGUGGAGAAAGUUCUGAUGAAUCCGCUGAGGGUCAAACUUUCAACCAAAACCAAACCUCAAGUGACGAGAACCAACAAACAAAGGAGAAGACGACUGGCGAUUUAAGCCCGGAAAGAGACACUGAAUGGAUGGUAUUGGACAAGAAUGGAUCAGUGAUCCCACCAACCAGUGACCUGUCCAAUCAGACAACCAUCACUAUUAUUGGUGGAUCUGCUCCAGUCAUUCCCCCGACCACUACCGGAUCAACAACACCAGCUGCUACGACUACAGCUCCAAAACCCAAACAGGUGGCAAGACAUUCUGAUCCAAGAAUUGCUGGAGCUAUAGAUCAGAUGCUGUCAAUGGGAUUUGACAAUGAAUCUGGCUGGUUGACUCAUCUACUGGAAGCAAAAGGAGGAGAUAUCAGUCAGGCUCUGGAUUCUAUUAGACCUGAUCGUAGAGAUGGAGGUCACAUGGCUUAAAGCAACCAAAAGAACCAUUAAAAGAAAGACCAACCAAUGACGAUUGCCCUUAUUUAUCAACUUAUUUUAUUGUAGGGCUCUGAUUUAUAUAUCUUUAGUGCUUAAUUAUAUGUAACCUUAAUUGUUUUUGAUAUCAAGUAUUCUUUAAACCAGGAUUUCAAAACAAAAUCUAAAAAUAAUGUCAGUUAUUUGAAAUUGGUUAAUUAAUUUAAAUUGUUUACUUAUUUCAAAUUAGUUAUUUUUUUUUUUUAAAUUGCUUACUUAUUUGAAAUGUGUUAAUUAUUUGAAAUAGGUUAAUUAUUUGAAAUCGGUUAAUUAUUUGAAAUUGGUUAAUUUGAAAUUGAUUAAUUAAAUGAAAUGGUAAAAACAAUUAUUUUGAAUUUGGAUCAGACUAUAAAUGUUUUUCAUAAGACAAAGUUGUUGAAAUUAUGUAUUAAAAUGGUUACGAUUACACCACCCUGUUAAUUUUAAGGAGAUAAUUUAAAGGUUUUAUCAAAUUUAUACCAUGGUUUCUUAUGGCUGUUUUGCUAGUUUCCCACAUAUCCAAUAAAUCACACGUGUAAAUGAAUA